CACGGGAGAGGGCCGCCAUUUUGACUGAGCAACCCUAGUGACAGGAGCCGAAGCAGCAGCGCAGGUUGUCCCCGUUUCCCCUCCCCCUUCCCUCUGUGGUUGAUUUCCCGGGCCCCCUACACUCCACAACCCCGGCUCUGCCAUGUCCCAGAAACAAGAAGACGAGAACCCUGCGGAGGAGACCGGCGAGGAGAAGCAGGACACACAAGAGAAAGAAGGUAUUCUCCCUGAAAGAGCUGAGGAAGCAAAGCUAAAGGCCAAAUAUCCAAGCCUAGGACAAAAGCCUGGAGGUUCUGACUUCCUCAUGAAGAGGCUCCAGAAAGGGCAAAAGUACUUUGACUCAGGAGACUACAACAUGGCCAAAGCCAAGAUGAAGAAUAAGCAGCUGCCAAGUGCAGGACCAGACAAGAACCUGGUGACUGGUGACCACAUCCCCACCCCACAGGAUCUGCCCCAGAGAAAGUCCUCACUCGUCACCAGCAAGCUUGCGGGGUAACCUGGGCCCCCCUCUCCUCCCCUUCCUCACCCGCUGGACUUUAUGUAUUAUAGGCAGGGAUGGAAUUGGGCAGCUAGUCAGAUCCUCCCAGAUUGCUAGCCGAAAAUGCUGCUGCCGGGGCUCCCGAGGAGUUCACGUGGGUUGAAGAGGGGCUCUUGAGUUCAUUUCUUUGGUUACAUGGAGACUUCGCACCUUCACUGUAGCCCAGGUAGGGGCCGGGAAAUAGGAAAGACCAGGAUUGGAUGAUGCUGCAAACUUUUUCUCGGUGAGAAACUGGAGAGAGGUCAUUUCUCCUCUUGGAAGAUAAUAUCCCAAAGUGGUUAGGCUGAGCCUUGGGAAUAAUAUGGCAGGUUGAACAGCCCUGGGCUAACCUGACGUGUUGGGAAAGGUAGAUGGGAUAAGAUGUGUUUUCUGUGCUUCUGAGUGUUGUGUCCCUUGGGCUGCUGUUGCUUUGUGUGUUCCCUGCGGCAGGCAGAGAGAGUCCUCACCCAGGCCUGAGUGGUCUGCCUGAAACUGCAGUGCCCAGUUAACCUCUACUUAGUGUGGCUUACAGAUUGCCCUGGCUCUUAAAUAAUGUAAAGAUUGGCAGACAUUGUUCACAGAAGAUGGGCACCUUCUCUCUCUCUCUCUCCCUGCAUGUUGCUUUUCAGAGUGUCAUGGGAUAGUAGGAAGAGCAGUGGUGUAGGAGUCUAGACAUCUGGGUUCUGGGUCCACUUGGCCUCAGCAGUACUGAUGUAGAACCUCAGUCAAGUCAUUUAGUCUCUUUGGAUUUCUAUUUCCUCAUUGUAAAAAUAGUUAUUAAAUAUACAUAAAAUUGAUGGUGAUUGUAAAAUCCUAUAACUGCCAGCAGAAAAAUUCUGUGCUGUGCGUUGGGUGAGCCUCUGUGCUGGGCAAGUGCAGAGGGGACCCUCCAUCAAGGACAGAAGAAGUUGGAGUUUGCAACAGAACCUCAUAGUCCUGAGCGUCAGAUUCUUAAGAAGCUAGCCACGGGCCCCACCCACUUUUUCCCACAGCCCACGUCUGGACCUUAGCUGCCCAAGAACUGCUCCAGCAGCAGAGUUCUUGGCUGUGGAAACACGCUUGGUCAUGCACACGUGGAGAGCCGUGCUUCAGGUGUAAUUGGGUGCCAGGUGUAUUGUUAGGGAGAGAGAAAAGGAAGGGGUAAACCACUGCAGGGCUGGAGCAGCAGGUUUUAGGAGAUGAUUCACCUUGGAGGAAGCUGGGGGGACGAGGGAGGGAGACAGAAAUCCCUGCCUUCCUAGAGCACAGUAACGUAGCUCUUGUGCAGUGAGGAGGGGUGGCAGUGGUGAGCCUGAACAGGUGGAGGAAAGGGGCUGCCGGUGGCACCGCUUGGCCUGAAUCUUACUGAGUGUAACCUGCUUGAUAUGGCAGGAGGGCCAGGGUGAGAACUUACUGUUCGAAAGUGCAAGAUUCUGGAAUCCUCUCUUGCUCUUUGACCUCACAAUUCUGAAAUGCCAAACAUUUGGCUUGAUGAGGAUGCCUGAUGAAUUUGCUGGUGUACAUGUAGGAGAAUAAGGUGUGUAUCUGCUUCUUCCUGACUGGCCGUUCGAUGUUCAGGCUGUCACUCAGAUUGGAUAGGAAAAGGUUGGUGAGGAAGGCAUGGAGAAGAGAGCAGGCUCCCUGGCCCCCAAAUUCCUUGACUGUCACUUGUAAUUGUAUAUAAUUUUUGUGUUCCUUGCUCCAUUUCCUCAUGCUGUCAUCCUUAAUCAAAAGUCCAUGUGGGAAGGGGAAAAUGCUGAACAUCAUUGUAUAGUUUCCUUGACUGUCCCGACCAUAAUGUACAUAAAUAUGUCAUGUUAUUAUAUAUAUAAAUAUAUAUAUAAUUUUGUA